GAAAGGGGCGACUUUCAAAACUUGGACGCGUACGGUUGCUUGUGCGGUGCAAACGUUUCAUUGAACCGUUUUUGUGUACUGUCGUUGGUACUAUCACGACCAACGGACCGCCAAGUGUUGCAGACCGGUGGUGACAUGUCAGCAGAACAGUAAUUCACGAGAAAAGCGACAGGAUAAACGCAAGAAUGACGUCGUUGUCACUUUUGGCUACCUACGACGAGCUGGUGCGAUGUACGAACGUCUUGGUAAAUGGAGCCUGCGAGGAAGAAUUCCUGCAGUUCGCUUUAAGUCAAGAGGAGAUGAGGCAGAAAUGGCUGGCGUCGGUGCAAGAGUGCCAACGACUUCACUCCGCUUUGGACAAGGCUCAUAACGAGAUCGCGGAUUUUGAUAGGAAGCUGCGUCAUGCAAGAAGAAACUUGGAGGAGGAGAACCGCAAGCGUCGCGCAGCCGAGGAGCACAGAGACUUUUUGGAGAAGCAAAUUGUUACUGCCAGGGAGUUCCUAUUUAAUGACAGAGGACACAAUAUAAAUGAUGAAACAAGGGAGAAAUUGCAGUUUCUUAAUAACUCUUCAUUGCAUCGUCAAAGUAACAUACAUGCUCACGAGAUACCUUUUGAUAAGCUUAACACAAUAGCAGAAUUAAACUCGACUGGCUCGCUAUUGAGUGACCUCAACUGUCUAUCCAGAUCAGAAGACGACUUGGAGACCAGCAAUAUUUUGCAGAGUCAGAAAAAGCGGGAGUGGAAGGAGCACCGCCCCAGCAGCGAGUAUUCCAAGAAACACCGUCGCAGCGCAUUGCACAAGACUGCAGAAUUGAACUCCUCCGAUAGAAUAGUGGCGACUACUACCGUAGUUAUGCCCAAGGACGGUACAAUUACCGCGUCGUCCACGAUCGAGGCUGUACCCGGUGAUGAAAAUGCGGAUCCCCAGAUUGUCUCGCAUAAUUCGCGCAAGCGGCGCAAGAGCAGCUCGGAGCACAAAUCGAAAUUGUCGCACAUGGAUGUUAAUGAAAUGCCAAUUGAUACAGCGCCAUCAGCACCAAAAGCUGAUAUUCUCACAUCGACCUCGGAUUCGGAGGAUAUCUUUAAACCAAGUCCAAAUAUCGGUGGCUACACCAUGAACACGAGAAUAUCUAGGAGUCAUAAUUUUGUGGCCAAAACUGUUAUCAAGCCAGAAGUGUGCACACCUUGUGGGAAAAAAAUUCGAUUUGGAAAGAUUGUGCAGAAGUGCAGAGAUUGUAGAGCUAUGGCUCAUACUGAGUGUAAAGAUUUAGUACCGCUACCAUGUGUCCCGACAGGAAAUACGCCUACGUUACGCGGUAUACCCGGCACUAUAGCUGACUACACACCUAUAAUACCGCCCAUGGUACCUUCUAUAGUGGUUCACUGCAUUAACGAGGUAGAAUUACGCGGCAUGAACGAGCAAGGAUUGUACAGAGUGAACGGAGCAACCGCAGAUACUAAGUGUCUCAAGGAGAAAUUCCUGAAAGGCAAAGGUGCCCCGAAUCUCUCUAACGUCGACAUCGCGACCAUCUGCUCCACUUUGAAAGAUUUUCUCAGGUCAUUACGUGAGCCGCUGAUCACCGUCGGUUUGCUGGGAGACUUCAUACGCGCGACACAAAUCACGGACAAACAGGAUGCUGACGCCGCUCUUUAUCAGGCGAUAUCGGAACUGCCGCAACCGAACCGAGACACCCUGGCCUUCUUGAUGUUGCAUUUACAGAGAGUAUCGAGUAGCGCGGAAUGCAAGAUGCCCAUCAGUAAUCUCGCCAAGGUCUUCGGGCCAACCUUAGUCGGUUACAGCUCCCAGGAACCGUCGCUCACCAUGCUGAGCGAAACUAAACAUCAAGUUGCGAUAGUAGAGAGUUUACUUCAAAUACCAUCGGAUUAUUGGGCAACUUACGUGAACCCGACGAACUUGAACGGCAUUGGUACCCCGAAAACGGGAGAAUUAAAACACACGCCGUCCACAGAAUCGCUUUUCAAGCGUACGUUUUCCCGCGGUUUACUCAAUACCCCUGUCACUUCGAGCCGCUCUUUCGCGAGGAGGAACAGGAAAUAUUUCGCUACACCGCCCUAUAAAUAGGAUACUAAUAAGCAAGUUUACAUUUGUUAUACUUCAAUAACAACUUAUGAUUGCGCACAGAAACGUUUGACCUAAUAUUUAACAUGCUUAUGUAUUAUUAUUAUUUUGUAAAUAUAUCAUUUAUAAAUACAUAUACAAUAAACGUUUCGAUUUAAACUCAUUUCUUGA